AUGAAGAUCGUCAGUGUCAGUGGAUACGGCGCUCUGACUUCGGAGAUGCAGGUAUUUGGCCACAAAAAGAACCAGAUGACGCAGUCAAAACGAACCAGUACUGGAAAAUGAUAAUAGAGAUAAGGAAGGAAAGGGAGAGAGAACUGGUUACUCUUCUGGUUAUUCACGCAUUCGGAUAGUGUUUUGAUGACGAGUCUUAUCGCGCCUUUCUUCAUAUUCUCGUCUUUGAAACAGAGGGGGUCUAAGAAUAUAAUACUUGACUUGAGGGGACUAAUUAUAAGAAACUUUGAGAUAAAAACUGAUCCUAAAGGAAUUCCAAGUAGCUAGGAACGCUCCCCAAUACUGUUCAUUCAAAAAAUCGGAUAAACUCACUGAAAAAUUGCAGUCGGAGCUCCAAUUGGCCUUGAAAUGGUUCCGAAACGCAUUUCUCGUCGAAAAGGCGACAAACGCCGUGAGAACAGAAGAUGUGAUGCGGCGAAUACCAGAGUAUCGCAAGUUUUCGAGUGUAUUUGUUCAGGUACUGGGAACACGGCGUUCACAGUUCACUGAUACUUUGUCAAACUAAUGAUGAGACAUUUGAGACUACUUUCCAACAGUUGAACGUGUUCUUCAGACGCCUGAUCGUCGCGCCAAUCUUCAAUUUCAAUCGCAAAACAUGGAAAAGCUACUCGCAUUCGCCGAUUUCAGUGUGUUCGUGGUGGCCAAGGACCGGCAAGCGUGCGCCCGGGAUCCCGGUUUGUUGGCCGAGGCGUUGCCGAUAUCGUUGGUCCCUAAUAGUAGGUCAGUAAAGAGUAAACUCGAAGGACCAUCAGAUAUUGUAGCUCUCAACUAUUGUAGGCCUCUCCUGGCGACCAUGUCGAUCUGCCCUCGCCAACACCAUCCGGUCCGUUUGUUCGACCUGUUCAGACAUGAAAUCCUCCACGGAAUGGGCUACGGUAUGAUCAUUGACAAAACGAACGAAACGUUCAAAGGCGCGGAGAAGUACAUUUGGAAAACGGCGCAAGGAGGUCAGCCGGCCGCGCGCCACUUUUUGGAUUUCUAUAAUAUCGCUCUGAAAACUGCCAAGACCCAUUUCGAAUGUCCGAAUUUGAUGGGAAUCGAGGCGGAUGGAGCCAGGAAGAAUCAUCUGAACGAGUACAUUUUCGGGGUAAAUUUUUUGCUUGAAAUUAUAUUUAUUUAAAGGUUUAAACAGUUCAGAAUGAGCUAAUGACAAGUGAUUUGGAGGUGAGCGGAAACAUUUUCAGUUGGAUUUCCGUCGGAAUCAUUGAAAGAACCUACAACGGGGACCGGUACGUCAAUCAACGCAUUUUUGUGCGUUGACGCACUUCCAGACAGUGGUACCAUGUCAACCGGACGUUUGUGGCUGGGGAGGCCAAUCAAUACACGUAUGGCAAGGGGUUCGGAUGCGAUUUUCUGACGAAAUCUUGCUUUGAGUUCAUCAAAAUCACUGAGCAAUCGAGUCCAAACAAGGCGAUCGGGCCGUUUUGUUCUAGAAAUCAUCGGAAUGUGAGUUUAAAGGAAGCAUGUCACUAAGAAAUUGACAACGCUCACUUUUACGGUCAGAUUUGUUAUUUUCAUAGCCCUACUGUUUAGAAGCCAGACCAUAACUCGACUUUCAAGCCAACUUUUCACAUUCGCAGAUGUGCUACCGUCUCGUCAAUUCCUCGUUCUCGAAACCCGUCUCCGACUCGGAUUGUGAAUCUGUAAUUGAAAUCGGAAAUUCGCAUCAUUUCCUGUCUCCAAAUGUACCCCUACCGGUGGCUGAUAACGGUGUUAAGGUGAUCUCUCUCUCUCUCUCUCUCUCGCGAGCACAAGUCACAUCUGACUCAUCCUCCCCCAUUUUCAGGCGCCUCCAGGCCUUUCCUAUCACAAUAUUCAAAUGCGUUUCUGUCCUGUUAUCAAAGUUUGUGUGCUCUCUCAUCACUUGGCUGUUUUAGUUUAGUAGUUUACUAUAUAUAAUUUCAGUACUCCCCCUCGCUUCCACCCAACUGGCACAUUGGACCAUGUCUAUGAGCAUCUUCUUCGGCUCUCGGAUACAUUUUUUUCACGUUUUUCUCUGAUAAACACAUGUCAUUUUUGUGUGUCUGCGUCUUCAAAUGACCUCAAUCUCGCCGCCUUUUAAAUGUGUGUAACAGAGCGGGAAUUUGUUCUGGGCUCUGGGCGGCGGAGCUCUGAGCUCGGAGGCCAGAGCACUUUGGCGCCUAUAUCUUAUCAAUUUUCUGAUUGUUUUUCCCCCAUGGAUCACACGAUUUUCUGGAAUUUUCUUCUCUUCCGCGUUUCUAGAAAGUUAGGCCGUUUUGCAAAUUCUCGGAUUCAUCUGACGGAAGAACUCAGCGGAAGAAUUUUUAUCUUUUUUAGAAAAUUUUUUCAUGAAAUGUGAUCAACUGACGAAAUGUAUAGCAAAGUGAACUGUGCGCAUAGAAAAAUAAUUGUAAAUUUAGCGAUUCAUACAAAAAAGUUAUUCGAGUUGUUCCUUCCGUCGCCCUUUUUCACGGAACAACUCGAAUAACUUUUUUGUAUGAAAAGCUAAAUUUACAAUUAUUUUUUUGUGCGCAGAGUUCACUUUGCUAUACAUUUCGUCAGUUGAUCACAUUUCAUGAAAAAAUUUUCCAAAAAAGAUAAAAAUUAUGGAAUCCAUCUGAGUUUUCAGUGAAAAUGCUCUCACUCAAGCUGAUCCUACCCGUUCUGGCACUAUUUUUCCACGUUCACGUUCAAUGUUCCGAUGAAGUUGAGACUGCGCACGCCGAUUCGGUACGUUUCAUUCUUGACGCACUUUCGGUGCCCUGACGCAAUUUCGGUGCCCUGACGCAAUUUCGGUGCCCUGACGCAAUUUCGGUGCCCUGACGCACACUCUUAAUGCAUCGUUUUAAGGAGGUAAUUUUCGCCGAGAGGCAUAUUCCGGCACACCGCCCACGCGAAGUGAAACAGCGAAAACUGGAAGAAGGCGAUGAGCUUUUGCUCUCUCAAGUGGUUAGUGGGCACACUUUUUCUCAACUAAUAUUAUCCAUUUGGCAGGUCUGGCGACACGGAGAUCGUGCUCCAACUGGUACCUAUCCAACUGAUGUCCAUAAGGAAGAUUCGUGGCCGAACGGAUGGGGAGAACUUACUCAGGUAAUUACAGAAAUUACAGUUGCUAUGGAAAUCAUUAAAAACGUUUCUUUUUUCCAGCUAGGAAUGCGUCAACAAUACGCUCUCGGUCGACUUCUUUACAAGAAAUAUGUGAAUACGAGCCGCCCACUUCUCAGCGGAUCCUACAAUUCCAAGGAGGUACUGUUGGAUUACUCUGGUUUACUGUACUGUACUUUUAAAAGGUCAGGUGUACAUCCGAUCCACCGAUGUGAACCGAACAUUGGUGUCGGCCCUGGCGAACCUGGCCGGAAUGUUCGAGAACGGCAAUAGUGGAGAGGAUUAUCCGGAUUCUCAAAGGUGGAAAAACGUCGACCUUUCAAUAAACAUGCCACUUUUUUCAGAUGGCCCAGAGGUUGGACCCCAAUUCCAGUACAUACGAUAGCUGAGAAAGAAGAUCCGGUACUACCACAUCUUCUCAUUCUUCUCUCUCUCUCAUUUUUCAAUAUUUUCAGAUCGGAAACGUGUUUGCUCCGUGUCCCCGCGCCGAGGAGCUCACUCGGGACAUUUACACAGGCGCCGGUUUCCAGAAAUUCAUUGCUGACAAUCAAGAGUUUCUGGAUUUUGUGUCCGAGAAAUCGGGAAAGAAAGUAAAUAUGCCGGAGAUUUAUCUGAUCAAUGACGCGCAUUACAUCGAGGUACAGUACUCCUACCCACCGUAAUCCAUCCAUUCCAAUCGUUUUUCCAGAAGCUCUACAACAUGUCACAACCCGACUGGAUCACCGAUGACGUGGAAUUGAAGCUGCGGAACUUGUCGCAAGUCGCCACACGAUUCUUGUUCGGAAUCGGAGAUCCGUACGUGCCAGAACUGAUCCGACUUCGAGGAGGUAAUUGAGAAGGAUUACUGUAGGACGAUACAAAAUUGGUGAUAUUGUAGGCCCACUUUUGAGCACGAUGAUUGAUAAGAUGAAUCAGAAAUUGAGUUGUCGCCACCAGAACAAUGAGGAAUGCAAUUGGAUCGGAAAGCUCAAGUACCACGCGUAUAGUGCGGUUAGUUUGAGACGUUUUGCAACUGUUUCUAAUGAUUUCCUUUUGAAAUGAAUUCUGUGGCUCAAAGGCGAAUGAGUUGCAAAAGUUCCAUUGAAAGUUGUCUAGGUUAGAUGGCUUACCAAAUUCAAGGAAUUGGUUGCAAAGUGUCCGUACCCCUAAUCCAACUGAUUUCCAGCACGACACCACCGUCUACGCCUUCCUCACAACUUUUGGCGACGAGGAAAAAGUGAUCGAAGGCGGCAUGCCCCAUUACACUGCCUCCGUGGCCGUCGAGCUCUGGAAUCUGAAGAACGGCGGACCGAGUGUCAGGGUACGGGUAGUCUACAAUAUCCUACCGUACCCGAAAAACCAAUUUCAGGUCCUCUUCCACAGCGCCUUCCAUCACAACUACCACGUCAUCACUCAUUUGGCCAAAGGAUGCCCGCACAACUCGGAAUUCUGUCCGCUGAAGGUCGGCGCGCACAUUUUUACAGAUUUACAAUAGUUGAUUCAGGUUUUCGAACAGCGUAGUCUCAAGUUUUUGCCGAAAAACUUGCCAAAAGAGUGUGAAUCGCACAAGAAUUCGUGGAAGUUGACGAACAAGUAUCAUCACUAA